AUGGCCGCCGCGCUCAACAUCGACGACAUGAUGAGCCGCCUGCUCAACGUGGGCAUGGCUGGCGGUCGCCUGACGUCCUGCGUCUCUGAAGACGAGCUCCGUUCCCUGUGUGGCAUCGCCAAGAACGUGUUCAUGAACCAGCCGUCGCUGAUCGAGGUCGACCCGCCGAUUCUCAUCUGCGGUGACAUCCAUGGGCAGUAUUCGGAUCUCCUGCGUAUCUUCGACAAGACCGGCUUCCCGCCCGAGACCAAUUUCCUCUUCCUGGGCGACUAUGUGGACCGUGGCCGGCAAAACAUUGAGACGAUCUGCCUCAUGUUCUGCUACAAAAUCAAGUACCCGGAGAGCUUCUUCAUGCUGCGCGGCAACCACGAGUGCCCGGCCAUCAACCGCGUGUACGGCUUCUACGAGGAGUGCAACCGCCGCUACCGCAGUCAGCGCCUGUGGCAGUGCUUCCAGGAUACGUUCAACUGGAUGCCGCUGUGCGGACUUGUCGGUGGCCGGAUCCUGUGCAUGCACGGCGGUCUGUCUCCGCAGAUCCAGAACCUCGACCAGCUGAGGAACCUCAGCCGCCCGUCGGACCCCCCGAACCCCUCGCUCGGAAUCGACCUACUGUGGGCCGACCCCGACAACUGGGUCAAGGGCUGGCAAGCCAACACCCGCGGCGUGUCGUACGUGUUCGGACAGGAUGUCGUCGUCGACUUCUGCGAGCGCAUGAACCUCGACCUCGUCGCCCGUGCCCAUCAAGUCGUCCAGGACGGCUACGAGUUCUUCGCCAACCGCAAGAUGGUCACCAUCUUCUCGGCCCCGCACUACUGCGGCCAAUUCGACAACUCGGCCGCCACGAUGCGGAUCACCGACGAGAUGGUGUGCACCUUCGACGUGUUCCGCCCCACCGCCAAGGCUGUGCGCAUGAUGAACCAGGGA